UAUAAGUGUAUAAUACAAAUUUAGACGAUACUUAUCACCCCUAAUCUAGUGACUGUGUUCCUAAUCUAAGCGACUAAGCAUAGUAAAACCAGGCCACGGACUAAGAUUAACAGGACUGGAAACGAACAAUACUGCACAAUAUAAUGAAAAGAUCCACAUCUAUUAUGGAAAGUCAACGAGCGAUUGUGGCGCCAUCUCCUAGUCAACCAGGCUCUAGACAAUUUUAAAUGUUAUCAAUAAUGAGCGACCAUUUUUCUGGAGGAAAACACUAUUAUCAAUGUUUUGUGAUAAUAUUGUUUUGAUAUUUAUUUGUUAUUAUUCUGUGUCACAGACAAUAAAAUAUGUCCCUUGAUUCAAACGGGACAGGUAGCAAUUUUCGUUAAGGGUUCACAAAAUGCGGAACCCUGCUGAUCAUAUUUUAAAAAACACGCUUUUUAAUUCCCAGCCUAAACUGUGAACCCCUAGUUUGAUUAAAAUCGUCACCUGGCUCGUCAGUAUCGAAGGAAAUUGUUGUUAAUUCUAAGGGUCAAUCUUUUGAGGUUGGACUCGUGAAAGUUUCGUGUUGUAUUGUUAUAACCAAUAAAUUUAUUCUUUGUGUAUUUCUGUUGACUGUCAGAAUUUGGUCAGUUUUUCACUUUGUCACUUUAUUAUGGUUCUGAUAUGUAUGGUUAAAAGUUGUAUAAACUCCAAAACCACUACAAGGGAAAAAAAAUGCAGCCUUUUUAGAGUGCCCAAAGAUUUGGAUCGGUCUAAAGAAUGGUUAAUGAAUUGUGGAAGAGAAGAUUUGAUUUUUAAAUCUAUUGUCAACCUUAACAAAAGUUAUAGAGUUUGUAUGAACCAUUUUAAAAAUAAUAUGUUUUCAAAUCCAGAGAAAACUCGAUUAUUGAUUAGCGCUGUGCCUACUCAGUUUGACGAACAAGUAGAUAAACCAAGUUCAAACCCAGUAUUAACACAAACUACAAAGGACUUGACUUUAAACACCCCAAGGAAAUCUAAACCUAAAGUGUUGCUGCGAGUAUUGUGGAAAAAAAAAGAAAAAAAAGAAAAUUCAUAAUAUAGUUCAUGUAAGUAAAUUAGUACCUAUAUAUUAUUGUAAUACGACUAAGAAUUAAACACUUUUGUAACAAUUUAAUACUAAGAAAAUACUUAUUUUUUUAUAAAUUAACUAUACCUUUAUAAUUAUUUGAAUAUUUUAGAAUAACUAUUGAUUAUGUAAAAAUUAUAAUAAUUAUUUUGUAUUAUUUUUUAAGUAAUUACUUUAAGCUGUAAUGUGAAAAAAAAUCAAAACCUAU